GUAAGGUAGCGGAAGCUGGACUCUUGACUGCGGGCUUCCGCCUCGGUUGUUUCCUGGGUCUCCGGCCUUGGAACGAAAGAGCGGGUCGUCUUAGAGGAGAGGAGAAACUGGUUGGUUGGUUCGGAAGGUUUUUAGAAUCCACAGAUCCCAAGAAUAGUACUAAAAUUGAACCAAGUAGAAAAACCAUGGAGAAACAUAUUAAGUAUUGAUACUAAAAUUAAAAUCAUGGCCUCAUCAGCAAAUCUGGAUAUGGGAGCCCAACUGAUUGCUGAAGAAUGCAGUAACAGCUACAGCCUUUCUGACAUGACAGACAUUAAAACAGAGCACCCAAUGGACUCAAAUCCUGAAGAAAACCCAGCCCAGAGUGUUGCUAUGGGGAUGAAGUUCAUUUUGCCUAAUAGAUUUGAUAUGAAUGUGUGCUCUAGAUUUGUAAAGUCCUUAAAUGAAGAGGAUAGUAAAAAUAUUCAAGAUCAAGUUAACUCCGACCUCGAGGUGGCAUCUGUUCUAUUUAAAGCUGAAUGCAAUAUUCAUACGUCCCCUUCUCCUGGGAUUCAAGUAAGGCAUGUCUACACUCCUUCAACAACUAAACAUUUUUCACCCAUAAAACAGUCAACUACUUUAACAAACAAACAUAGAGGAAAUGAGGUAUCGACAACACCUCUGCUUGUGAAUUCCUUAUCUGUUCACCAGUUGGCUGCUCAGGGAGAAAUGCUUUAUUUGGCCACUCGUAUUGAACAAGAAAAUAUAAUCAACCACACAGAUGAAGAAGGAUUUACUCCUCUAAUGUGGGCCGCUGCUCAUGGGCAAAUAGCAGUGGUAGAGUUUCUGCUUCAGAAUGGUGCAGACCCACAGAUUUUGGGGAAAGGACGGGAAAGUGCCCUGUCUUUGGCCUGUAGUAAAGGAUACACAGAUAUUGUCAAGAUGUUGCUGGAUUGUGGAGUUGAUGUUAAUGAAUAUGAUUGGAAUGGAGGAACACCUUUACUUUAUGCUGUGCAUGGAAAUCAUGUGAAAUGUGUAAAAAUUUUACUAGAAAAUGGAGCAGACCCAACUAUUGAAACAGAUUCUGGAUAUAAUUCUAUGGAUUUAUCUGUAGCAUUGGGCUAUAGGGGCGUUCAACAGGUUAUUGAGGCACAUUUGUUGAGGCUUCUACAAAAUAUCAAGGAGUAGACUUGCAGAGUCAUCAGGAAAUGUUCUGUAAAAACCAUUUGCUUUUUUUUUUUUAAGUCUCAAUAAGUGACAAAGAUUUGUUUACUUUUUAAAACUUUACCUCAGU